UACUGGUCAGCUGUAUCAGUCUCGAUCCUCGGAGCUGGACUCUGGCUCUUGUGCUAUAGGGCCUUCUUCCACCCCCUCGCUCGGUUCCCAGGUCCUCCACUUGCUUCAAUUACAGGUCUCUGGCGGUUCUGGCAUUAUGCUAUCGGAGACUGGUCCGAGAUAAUUCUCGACCUGCAUCAGAAAUAUGGCAGGAUCGUUCGACUGGCACCAAAUGAACUAUCAGUCGUGGACGAGUCGGCCAUGAAAGCUCUCUAUGGUCAUAACACAGCUGCUAUCAAAAGUAAAUGGUACUCCGCUUUCCAGAGUCCUGAAGGAGCACCAAAUCAAUUAGCCACCCAAGAUCCCAAAGUUCAUGCUGGGAUUCGGCGCAGAUUUGCUCCUGCCUUUAAGAUGACUGUUCUGUUGCGACAGGAAAGCGCUAUGCAAACCUGUUUGGACAAACUCUGGCAAUCACUCGAGAAGCCUGCUCUCGAAGGCACAGUCAUCGAUAUGUGCAGUUAUACAGAAACCGUAACUUGGGACAUAAUAGGCCAGCUUUGCUAUGGAGAGCCCCUUGGCUCAAUCGCUGGUGCUGAGGGCAUGGAUCUUCAAGGUAUUCUGAACAAGUUACUGACGGCAUCCACAAUCUUUGGCCAUGUCUGGGGUCAGCUUGCUUGGCUCGAUAAUCCGGUAACACGUCUUCUCGGCGUCAAGAACCCUGUCCAAGAGUCAUUUGAGUGGUCAUCUAUGAAGGUUCGACAGCAUGUGGAGGCUGAUCGAAGUGACGUCGAACCUGAUAUGGUUGACUACUUUCUCAGCUACAAGGACGCUCAAGGAAAGCCGACAACACAUCUCGAAGUUGUAGAGGGUGCUUUCGCACNNGGUGCUGGAGCCGACACUGUGGCCAUUGCAAUGCGUUCGGCUUUGUAUCAUCUGAGCGCCAACCCGGCAGUACUUCAAAAGCUGAGAGAGGAGAUUGAUAAUGUCGAUUCCGACGAGUCGCUCUCUUACAAACAGACACAAAAGCUUCCUUACUUGAAAGCCGUUGUAAGGGAGAGUCUAAGGAUGUAUCCCUCGGUACCAGCCCAGCUGUAUCGAGUGGUCCGUGAUGGCGGUUUGUCGGUCGAUGGCCAAUUCAUUCCUUCUGGAACGGUGGUUGGUAUCAGCAGUCUGGCACAAAACAGGGAUACCGCGAUAUUUGGUCAAGAUGCCGAUGUUUUCAAUCCAGACCGAUGGCUAGGAGACGAAUCUCAAGCGCGAUAUCUGGAAAUUGCGCUUUUCAACUUUGGUGGCACAGGCCCACGCUCCUGCCCAGGUCGAGACCUUGCAACGAUUGAGCUGUACAAGUUCGUUGCCCAGAUGGUCAAGAGGUUCGAAUUUGAGCUGGUAGAUAAGUUACAUCCAUUCUCGGUGAAGACUUACUUCUUCGCCAUGCAGAGCGACAUGCGGAUGAGAGUUUCCCGCCGAGAGCAGCAUGUCACGUUUCGUGGAGAGUCUGCCGAGACUUUGUUA